GGAAGGAAUAUCGCGGCUGGAGCUCUGGAGUACUCGAGCUCUCAGCGGCUACAGUCAUGGCUGAGCGCCGCGCCUUUGCCCAGAAAAUCAGCAGGACUGUAGCGGCUGAGGUCAGAAAGCAGAUUGCUGGUCAGUACGGAGGCUCUCCUCAACUUCUUAAAAACCUCAGUGUGGGAGGCAAUGCGACUAGCAAUGCUAUUCCUCUGACAGAGGCAGUAGAGCCAGUGGAUUUUGAAGAGUAUUUGAUCACACAUCCUCCCAUUAUAGAGUCUGGACCUUUGAGAGAUCUGAUCGAGUUUCCUCCAGAUGACAUUGAAGUGCUUUACACGCCAAGAGAGUGCCGGACUCUCAGCCAGGCUGUUCCUGAGGAGGGUGAGAAUGAUCCACACGUCAGAGACUGCACUCGCUCAUACACUGAGGACUGGGCCAUCGUUAACCGCAAGUACCACAAGUUGGGCACAGCAUUUAACCCCAACACAUUGGAUAAGCAGAAGGAGAGGCAGAGAGGUUUGCCCAAGCAGGUCUUUGAGUCUGAUGAGUUGCCAGAUCAAAGCAGCUAUCAGGACGAUCAGGAUGAUUUGAAACGAAGAUCCAUGUCAAUUGAUGACACACCACGGGGCAGCUGGGCCUGCAGUAUAUUCGACUUGAAGAACUCUCAGCCUGAUGCUCUGCUGCCUCACCUUCUGGAUCGAGUACCGAAUGAAGAGAUCGACCGCCACAAUGAAGACCUGCGGAAGUCAAACCGCCACCGUGAGCUCUUCGCUCUGCAUCCUGCUCUUGAUGAGGAAGAACCCAUCGAGCGCCACUGUGUGCCUGAUGUUCCAAAAGAACAUUUUGGUCAAAGGCUUCUUGUCAAGUGUUUGUCUUUGAAGUUUGAGAUAGAAAUUGAGCCUAUAUUUGCAACUUUGGCCUUGUAUGAUGUAAAAGAAAAGAAAAAGAUAUCAGAGAACUUUUACUUUGAUUUGAACUCGGAGCAAACGAAGGGCAUGCUCCGACCGCACAUCCCAUCUGCUGCAAUCUCCACCCUGGCCCGUUCUGCUGUCUUUUCAAUCACUUACCCUUCUCAAGAUGUCUUCCUUGUUAUUAAGCUUGAGAAGGUGCUACAGCAGGGAGACAUUGGAGAGUGUGCAGAGCCUUAUAUGGUCUUUAAAGAGUCUGAUGCUGCCAAAAAUAAAGAAAAGCUUGAGAAGCUGCGUAGUCAGGCCGAACAGUUCUGCCAGAGACUUGGACGUUACCGGAUGCCCUUUGCCUGGACGGCCAUCCACCUGAUGAAUAUAGUUAACAGCGCAGGCAGUCUGGAGAGAGAUACAGAGGUGGACAUGGGGCUGUCGGAACGGAAAGGCUCAUGGUCAGAACGGAGGAACUCUAGUAUUGUGGGUCGUCGUUCACUUGAGAGAACCACCAGCGGAGAUGAAUCCUGCAGUUUGACAAGCUUCAGGCCUGCCACCCUGACGGUCACCAACUUCUUCAAACAGGAAGGAGAUCGACUUAGUGAUGAAGAUCUCUACAAGUUCCUAGCUGACAUGCGGCGUCCGUCCUCUGUACUGCGUAGACUGAGGCCCAUUACAGCCCAGCUGAAGAUCGAUAUCUCUCCAGCCCCCGAGAACCCACACUAUUGCCUGACUCCUGACCUGCUUCAAGUCAAGCCUUACCCUGACAGUCGAGUGCGGCCAACAAAAGAGAUCCUGGAGUUCCCUGCCAGAGACGUUUAUGUGCCCAACACCACUUACAGGAACCUAUUGUAUGUGAACCCACAGAGCCUGAACUUCGCUAACCGUCAAGGCUCUGCUCGUAACAUUACAGUCAAAGUGCAGUUCAUGAAUGGGGAGGAUCCGAGCAAUGCUAUGCCAGUGAUCUCUGGAAAAUCCAGUUGUGCAGAGUUUUCAAAGGAGGCUUAUACAUCUGUAGUGUAUCAUAAUCGCUCACCAGAUUUUUAUGAUGAAGUUAAAAUCAAGCUCCCGGCUUCGCUGACCGACCAUCAUCACAUACUCUUCACUUUUUACCACGUCAGCUGUCAACAAAAGCAGAACACUCCACUAGAGACGCCUGUUGGAUACACGUGGAUUCCCAUGCUGCAGAAUGGACGCUUGAGAACAGGUCACUUCUGCCUGCCAGUGUCUCUGGAGAAACCACCCCAGUCUUACUCCGUUCUCUCUCCUGAUGUUCCUCUUCCUGGAAUGAAAUGGGUGGAUAACCACAGAGGGGUGUUUAAUGUAGAGGUUGUGGCUGCGUCCACCAUCCACACACAGGACCAGUAUUUAGAUAAGUUCUUUGCACUGGUGCACGCGCUGGAUGAGCACAUGUUUCCUGUGAGGAUCGGAGACAUGCGCAUUAUGGAGAAUAAUCUGGAGACUGAGCUGAAGUCUAGCAUCGCAGCUUUGAAUUCCUCUCAGCUGGAGCCUGUGGUUCGCUUCCUUCACCUGCUGCUGGACAAACUGGUGCUGCUGAUGGUGCGGCCACCGGUUAUAGCUGGGCAGAUAGUGAAUCUUGGUCAGGCCUCUUUUGAAGUGAUGGCAUCUAUAGUGAACCGUCUACACAAGUACUUGGACACCAGUCAAGAUAUGCAUGGGCGAAACAGCCUUCUCUCCUCAUACAUCCACUAUGUCUUCCGUCUGCCCAACAUGGAUCCCAAUUCCCCCUCUCCAGGUCCAGGAGGAUUGGGUUGUUCAGUGCAUUAUGCCACCAUGGCUCGCUCUGCUGUUAGACCCGCAAGCCUCAAUCUCAACCGCUCUCGUAGCCUUAGCAAUAGUAACCCCGACAUCUCUGGCACGCCAACUUCCCCUGAUGAUGAAGUUCGCUCCAUCAUUGGCAGCAAGGCCAUGGAGCGCAGUGGCAAUCGCAUGUCAUCGCACACUGAGAGCGCCAGUUUCUUGCAAACAUUAACAGGACGAUUGCCGACCAAAAAGCUCUUUCAUGAGGAGCUCGCCCUGCAGUGGGUGGUCAGCAGUGGCAGUGUGAGGGAGGGAGCCCUGCAACAGGCCUGGUUCUUCUUUGAGCUCAUGGUUAAGAGCAUCAUCCACCACUUAUACUUUACUGACCGUUUGGAGUCUCCCAGGAAAAACCGUUUCCCCGAACGCUUCAUGGAUGACAUCACUGCUCUGGUUAGCACUAUUGCUGGUGACAUCGUCUCACGUUUCCAGAAGGAUCUUGAGUUGGUGGAAAGGCUCAACACCAGCUUGGCCUUCUUCCUCAAUGAUCUUCUGUCAGUAAUGGACAGAGGCUUUGUCUUUACCCUCAUCAAAACCUACUGGAAACAGGUGUCCACUAAGCUCUAUGCGCUACAGAACCCCACUCUAGAGUCUCUGAGACUGGACUUCCUAAGGAUUGUCUGUAGUCACGAACACUACGUCACUCUGAAUUUGCCUUUCAGUCUGCUGACACCACCAGCAUCUCCUUCUCCUUCAGUCUCCUCUGCCACAUCACAGAGUUCUGGUUUCUCUACCCAUGUGCAGGACCAGAAGAUAGCCAACAUGUUUGAGCUGUCUGUGCCCUUCAGAGAGCAGCAUUACCUGGCUGGUCUCAUUCAGACAGAGCUGGCUGUAAUUCUGGAACCCGAGGCUGAUGGGUCAGUACCAUGGAUGUUUGGUCUCCACAAGAAGGUUAUCAGCGUGGUUCAUAAUCUGCUGUCCAGUCACGACUCUGACCCACGUUAUGCUGAUCCCGAUGUCAAAGCCAGAGUCGCCCUGCUUUAUCUUCCCCUCAUAGGCAUAGUCAUGGAAACCCUUCCCCAGCUCCAUGACUUCACUGAAUCCCUUAAUCAGUGGGGGCGUCCUGGUGGUCCAGGUACUGAAGAGCAGGAGGCUGAGGGCAACAGUAUGAUCAGUCAGACUGUUGCAAUGGCAAUAGCAGGAACUUCUGUGCCACAGAUGUCAAGGCCUAGUAGUUUUCUGCUCAAUCCACAGGCGACCCGUCAGCAUGGCUCUUUCUCGGCCGAGUCCAGUCGUAGUUUGCUCAUCUGUCUGCUGUGGGUGCUGAAGAACGCAGACGAGAUGGUGCUUCAGAAGUGGUUUACAGACCUGUCUGUCUCCCAGCUCAACCGCCUGCUGGACCUGCUCUACCUCUGCGUCUCCUGCUUCGAGUACAAGGCCCAUUUUUUGUUCAUGCAGGGUAAGAAGGCAUUUGAACGUAUGAACAGUCUGACUUUUAAGAAAUCGAAAGAUAUGAAGGCCAAGUUGGAGGAAGCCAUCCUAGGCAGUAUUGGAGCCCGACAGGAGAUGGUGCGGCGGAGCAGGGGGCAGCUUGAGAGAAGUCCAUCAGGCAGUGCUUUUGGCAGUCAGGAGAACCUGCGCUGGAGAAAAGACAUGACCCACUGGCGUCAGACCAGCGAAAAGAUGGACAAGGGCCAGAGAUCAGUCAGGUUUAAGGGAACCCUACUGCGCAAUGGAACAAGCCAGGAGCCCUUCUUAGUUAGGACCAGGGCCGAGCUGGAGCAUGAAGCAAUUAUCGAUGGAAACCUGGCAACUGAAGCUAAUCUCAUCAUAUUGGAUACGCUAGAAAUAAUAGUUCAGACCGUGUCAGUGACGGAAUCCAAAGAGAGCAUUCUGGGAGGCGUUCUGAAGGUCCUGCUACACAGCAUGGCAUGUAAUCAAAGUGCCCUAUAUUUGCAACACUGCUUCGCUACACAGAGAGCUCUUGUGUCAAAGUUUCCAGAGCUGCUGUUUGAGGAGGAGACGGAGCAGUGUGCUGACCUGUGCCUGCGUCUCUUGAGGAACUGUAGCAGCAGCAUAGGCACCAUUAGAGCUCACGCCAGCGCCUCUCUCUACCUCCUCAUGAGACAGAACUUUGAGAUCGGCAAUAACUUUGCGCGGGUGAAAAUGCAGGUGACCAUGUCUCUUUCAUCGUUGGUGGGAACAUCUCAGAACUUCAACGAGGAGUUUUUACGCCGUUCGCUCAAGACCAUCCUCACGUAUGCCGAAGAGGAUCUAGAGCUCAGAGAAACCACCUUCCCUGACCAGGUUCAAGAUCUGGUGUUUAACCUGCAUAUGAUCCUGUCGGACACGGUAAAAAUGAAGGAACACCAAGAAGAUCCAGAGAUGCUAAUUGAUCUGAUGUACAGGAUUGCUAAAGGCUACCAGACGUCCCCAGACCUACGACUGACCUGGCUGCAGAAUAUGGCUGGCAAACACUCAGAGAGAAAUAACCAUGCAGAAGCAGCUCAGUGUUUGGUCCACAGCGCCGCCCUGGUGGCUGAAUACCUCAGCAUGCUGGAGGAUCGCAAGUACCUGCCUGUGGGCUGUGUCACUUUUCAGAACAUUUCCUCUAAUGUGCUGGAAGAGUCUGCUGUGUCGGAUGAUGUUGUGUCUCCAGACGAGGAGGGCAUCUGCUCGGGGAAGUACUUCACUGAAGCAGGUUUAGUUGGGUUGCUGGAGCAAGCUGCAGCCUCCUUUUCUAUGGCUGGCAUGUACGAAGCGGUCAAUGAAGUCUACAAAGUGCUCAUCCCUAUUCAUGAGGCCAACAGGGAUGCCAAGAAGCUUGCCACUAUUCAUGGUAAACUUCAGGAAGCUUUUGGCAAAAUCGUGCACCAGAGCACAGGCUGGGAGAGGAUGUUUGGCACCUAUUUCAGAGUUGGAUUUUAUGGCUCUAAGUUUGGUGACUUGGAUGAGCAGGAGUUUGUAUACAAAGAGCCGGCUAUCACUAAGUUGGCAGAAAUCUCACAUCGGCUUGAGAGUUUUUAUGGUGAAAGGUUUGGUGAGGAUCAAGUUGAAGUCAUUAAAGACUCAAAUCCAGUCGACAAGUGUAAACUGGACCCAAAUAAGGCUUUUAUUCAGAUCACGUAUGUUGAGCCGUACUUUGACACUUAUGAAAUGAAGGACCGCAUCACAUAUUUUGAUAAGAACUACAACCUGCGGCGCUUCGUCUACUGCACACCAUUCACACUCGAUGGCAGAGCUCAUGGUGACCUACAUGAACAGUUCAAACGAAAAACCAUCCUUACUACCUCUCACGCGUUCCCCUACAUCAAGACCCGCAUCAACAUCAUCCACAAAGAGGAGAUCAUCUCCACACCUAUUGAAGUAGCCAUCGAGGACAUGCAGAAGAAGACACAGGAGCUGGCCUUCGCCACUCAUCAAGAUCCGUCUGAUGCCAAAAUGCUGCAGAUGGUUCUACAGGGGUCUGUGGGCACUACUGUUAACCAGGGUCCUCUCGAGGUGGCCCAGGUGUUUCUGUCCGAGAUCCCAAGUGAUCCUAAACUCUACAGGCACCAUAAUAAACUACGAUUGUGCUUCAAAGACUUCACCAAGAGGUGUGAAGAUGCCCUACGCAAAAAUAAGAGUCUGAUUGGUCCAGACCAGAAAGAGUAUCAGAGAGAGCUGGAGAGGAACUACCACAGGCUGAAGGAAGCUCUGCAGCCUCUCAUUAACAGGAAGAUCCCGCAACUCUACAAACCCGUGUUACAGGUCAACUCACACAGCAAAAGGACGGCUUGACAAGAGACUCUUUUAGCAGAAUGAGCCUUCGCAAGCUAGACAUGUGAAGACCGAAGAAAUAAAAAGAACAAAUGCAAUUUUAUUUAUUUGUACAUAUAUCUACGCUCCUCACACUAUCAGUGUUUUUGCCAUGAAGUAAAAAGUGUUAAGACGUUUGGUACAUCAUUCCAAUUUUGUAUUAGUGUACAAAAUGGCCUGUUACAUGAUCAUAAGAACUGAUGGUGAAUUUAGCAUACAAUGUGUCAAACUGUAUUCAAUUCCUGUGUGCACUUUUUUAAUUUAAUUUUUUUACUUCAUCCCAUUACAUUUUUAAUAACCACGGUACAACUUGAGAGUUUAUUUAAUCCUCAUGGAAAAAGCAAAAAAGUGAUUUUGUUUCAGCAUUAUGUACCUUUUGUUUACGUUAAAUAUUUUGCUAAAUAAAUACUCUUAUAGUCA